CUUGCGCACCGUGCACCAGCAACUGGGAUUUAAAUAAAUCGACAAUCGCCAAACACCUCACUCAGGAGAAAGUGCAAGGAUGCAGUGCUACUUCUGGUUAACCGUCGCUCUGACGACGCUGGUCGCCGCUCAUGGCGCACCCACCCAAUCCCAGGUGGCCACUCAGUCGGCCACACAGCUGGCCUUGGACAUGUACAAUGGCUGCCUCAAGGAUCUGAGCAUCUCGUGUGUACGUCCCAAGGCGCUGCAAUGGUUCAACGCCGCCAUGCAGCAGCCCGAAGUGAAGCUCACAGAACGUUUGUCCAUUGUGCGCACCUCGGAGACGGGCGCUUCUCGUUCCCUCAAUGCCGAACAGCAGAUGUUCGACAACAUUGAUAACUACUUAGGCAGCCAUGCUCUGAGGAUUCAGGCACCUGAAUACUUCCGCAGCUCCGAGGCGCGCUCAUUGGUGCCCGAUUUCCUCAUGGAGAAUCCCCUCACUCAAGGAGGCAUUGUGCCACUUGCCCCAGCCAACGAAGCUCGUGGCAUGAUCCGCAAGGCUGUGCUGCCUUUCCUGCUCGGUCUGAAGCUGAAGACCACCGUACUGAUGCCAUUGGCUCUUGGUUUGAUCGCUCUCAAGACCUGGAAGGCAAUGACUUUGGGUCUGCUCUCGCUGGUGCUCUCCGGUGCUCUGGUCAUCUUCAAGAUUGCCAAGCCCAAGAUUGUCAACUACGAAGUGGUGCACUAUCCCCAUCAUGUCGAUCAUGUGGUGCCACAUCACAUCGAGCAUGUUGUGCCUCAUCACAUUGAACACAUUGUGCCACAUCACAUUGACCACCAUCUGGAGCAUCAUUUGGACCAUCAUGUCGAUCUGCCCGUAGAGCAUAUCGAGCACUUGGAGCAUCCAGCGCCAGCUUGGGAUCCCCAUGCCUGGGCUCGUUCCUCUCAGGAGCCACAAGACGCUCAGGACAUCGCCUAUGCGGGUCAGAAGAGACGUUAAGUCUAUGGACCCUGAAAGAUCCCUAAUCCAAAUUGCAAAAUUGAUGAACAUGCUGCGACUUUAUUUAUUUUGUUCUAUUUUAUAAGUAGUUGGUACGCGUGCAGUGCGUGUUUGUUUUAUGUAUUUAUUAUUUAUUUAUUUAUUUAUGAGAAUUGUACAAAACAGAAAACAGAAAAAAAAAAAACGUGAAAGCAUAAGAAAAAUGAAAGUAUACCACAAAUUUAAAAAAAAAAAGAAAAAUGGCAAUAUGUGUAUUGAA